AUGGUCGUCGGGAAUAUCUACGUGAUCGCGGCCACUGCCGUCGUCGGCGGUGCGCUCUUUGGCUUUGAUAUCUCGUCUGUGUCCGCCCAGCUGGGCGAGAAUUCCUACAAAUGCUACUUCAACCAGGGACCGCAUGGUCCCCCGUUCGAUGACGACCCCAACUGCAGUGGCCCCCGUGAUCUGGUGCAGGGUGGUAUUACCGCGUCCAUGGCGGCUGGUUCAUGGCUGGGCGCCUUGAUUUCCGGUCCUUUGUCUGACCGCGUGGGUCGGAAGACCUCCAUCAUGAUCGGCUGUAUUGUCUGGAUGGUUGGGUCGACUCUGAUCUGCGCCGCGCAGAACAUCGGCAUGCUUAUCGUCGGUCGUAUCAUCAACGGUCUCGCUGUCGGUGUCGAAUCCGCCCAGGUGCCCGUCUACAUCUCGGAGAUCUCCCCGCCGUCGAAGCGUGGUCGUUUCGUCGGCAUCCAGCAGUGGGCGAUUACCUGGGGUAUUCUGAUCAUGUACUACAUUUCCUACGGAUGCUCGUUCAUUGGAGGCCAGUACUCCAACGACUACAGCACCGCUGCCUGGCGUAUCCCGUGGGGUCUGCAGAUGAUCCCAGCCGUCUUCCUGUUCAUCGCCAUGACGUUCCUGCCCGAGUCGCCGCGUUGGCUGGCCCGCAAGGACCGCUGGGAGGACUGCCACCGCGUGCUGGCCAUCGUCCACGCCAAGGGUGACUUCAACCACCCCUUCGUCGCUGUCGAACUGGAGGACAUCAAGGAGAUGUGCGAGUUUGAGCGCCGUCACAAGAACGUCACCUACCUGGACCUGUUCAAGCCCAACAUGCUCAACCGCACCCUCAUUGGUUUGUUCACGCAGAUCUGGUCCCAGCUGACCGGCAUGAACGUGAUGAUGUACUACAUCACGUACGUGUUCGGUAUGGCCGGCUACUCGGGCAAUGCCAACCUCCUUGCCUCCUCGAUCCAGUACAUUAUCAACGUGUUCAUGACCCUGCCAGCGCUGAUCUGGAUUGACCGUUGGGGUCGUCGCCCCACCAUGCUGGUUGGUGCUGCGUUGAUGAUGACCUUCAUGUACGCCAACGCCGGUAUCAUGGCGGCGCACGGCGUGGUCGUGCCGGGCGGAAUCGACCACGUCAAGGAAGAGUCCAUGUCGGUGAGCGGCGCCGCAGCCAAGGGCCUGAUCGCCUGCACGUAUCUGUUCGUGGCGUCGUAUGCGCCAACCUGGGGUCCAGCGUCAUGGAUCUACCCGCCUGAGCUGUUCCCUCUGCGGCUGCGCGGCAAGGGUGUCGCGCUGGCGACGUCAGGCAACUGGGCCUUCAACACGGCGCUGGGCCUGUUCACGCCCGUGUCCUUCUCCAACAUCCGGUGGAAGACGUACCUGAUCUUCGGCGUCUUCAACACGGCCAUGUUCGUCCACACCUUCUUCCUCUUCCCGGAGACGGCGGGCAAGACGCUGGAAGAGACGGAGGCCAUGUUCGAGGACCCCAACGGCAUCAAGUACAUCGGCACGCCGGCGUGGAAGACGACCGUCUCGACGGAGAAGACCGUCCAGAUGGAGCACGGCAACGUCGAGCCCAAGCGUGGGCUCUCCGCUCAUGUGGAGCACACGGAGGAGGUCAAGGAUGCCUCUACGAAUGUGUAA